UGCAAAUUCUCAUAUGGAACGUCUAUAGCCUCAAGCCCACAUUGCAGUUCAAUAAUUCUGCAAUAAUGUUGUUGAGAGCUUUCAUUGACAGUCAACAGUGGUGGAAAUGUUGGAGAGUGUUGAUGUGGAGACCCCCACUGUCUUUAUGCCACAGUUUUCAAAAUUUUAGUCAUCGAAUUUAAGUUGUCACGAUUCUAGUUGGAAAAAUUUUAGCAUCCUGUUGCGUCAAACGAAAGGACUGCAUGGAAUACACGUCGUGUCAAUCUCAUUAUGGAAAAGGGGAAGAGCGUCUCUGAUCCCCACGACCAAGUUCGUAUACUUCAAGAAAAAGUUCGUGAAUUGGAACUGCAACUUAGUAAAAAGUCGUCAACAUCAUCUAGAAAUGGCAUUAGUGAAACAUCGAACUCGUCAAACACUGUAGAAACGGAGGAAGAUGAAGGACUGGUGCCCGUUUAUGAUGUGGAUCUAUCACCUAAAACUUGGCUUGUGAGUAGCCGCGUCGACUCGCGCACGGAGAAGGAGCUCUUCUCCGCGCUCCUGUCAGACGGGCCUCUGCUGGAAAAGACGCUGUACUCUGCCAUACGCAACGCCGAGCAAGAACGAAGAAAUAACAUUGACACGCGAACAUUUACAAGACCGAAGAAAAGAUUGGGGCGGCCAAGUCUUGAGCUGUUGGACUCCCUGGCUUGUUUAUCUAAACCAUCUGAUUCAGGAUUAUCGUGGGCUAAGGAUGCAAACUGUACUGAACUAGACAAUAUGACGUGCUCUUUACUAGAGACCUCUCUCAUUAAUUCUAUGUAUAGUGCUGAUGCAUCUACAGCUAGUGACAUUACAUCUCACUUUUCUGUAGUUAAUAAAAAGCAAAAAGUGGCCCCACAACUGGAAAGAAGAAGAGGAAGCCUAGUUAUUUCAGAAAAUGAAUCUGCACCUGAGGAUACAAAACCAAAUUUCAAGCAUGACAAUGGAAACUGUUUAACCAAUCACAUUGGAAAUGCCAACUUUGCUAAUUUAGAUGUUGGGUCCACCAAAAAUGAUAGCAAGAAUGAAAUUGAUGAUGAUGAGGAAAUGGACACAACUCUUUUGGAAUCAGCAGACUUCACUACAAGCUUAAUUGAUAGUGCCUUGAUGGAUCCCAACCUUAUGGACGCUGUUCUUAUAAAUUCUAAACCAAAAUUGAGUACAUCAAGAAUUCAUCAACUCAAUAGAACUUUCACUCCAUCCCCUCCAACUGUAGAUCACUUAUCUAGAAAGGCUUCGAGUGAGACUCUGGAACUAAACCAAUCUCUCAAUAAUUUAAAUGAAACUUUUGUGAAAGAAGAUGAAGAGAGUCCUGGUAACAAAGUUCUUAAUACUACAUUUCCAGUAGAGGCAAAUGGGUCUGGUAGUCAGAGAACUGUUCCCCCUCUAGUAAGACCUGGAUCAACUGACAGUGGAGGUGCAGAUGACGAUCAGCUUAGUAGCACUUCUGAAUCCAGCCAUACAUCAACCACUCGAUUGAUGAGUGUAGGAGACGUGCAGCACAUUGCUAGACUGCAAGAGCAAAGCCUUGUUAUGUCAACUCCUUCGCAACGUCACAUUGCCAAAUUAAUUGAAUAUGGUGAAGAUAAUAUAUCUCCUAUAUUACGAGCUCCUGACUGGAGUAGAUCAAGUGGUGGCUCUGAAAUACCAAAUGGAGGUUAUUUAUCUGACCACUCAUCCCGCAGUCCACUUAGCUCUCUUCAUUCAAGUCCUGCUGGCAGUCCUUUUGGCUCUAGUACAGUGCUACAUGGAUCAACCCAAGUCCAAGACUCUAGACUGCAAUAUAGACCAAACGGUGUUCUGCAGAGGAAAAACACCUAUGGUCUGAUACCUCCAAGAAAAUUAAAGGAAGAAGGCCUCCGUCCUCCUGCCCCAGUCACAGUUUCAGCUAAAGUUUCAACCAAUACUGCAAGACCCACAGCCCGUUCAGGACUUCGCCCUCCUAUGAUUCGGACCGGUGCUUCAGGCUCAUCAGGCUUACCUCGACCGUCAGGAACAGGAAUACCCCGCCCAUCCUCUUUAUCUAGAAUACCUCCACCCAAAGUCCGAUCUUCUUCUCAAGUUCCACGGAAGGAGUGGACAGAUGAAUGCUACUAGAGUUGCUAUGUAGGUGUUCUACAGACUGUGCCAAACACAUUCAAAAUCAAACCAUCCUAACCUCGUAUAAAUGAAAAUUGGAAACAAAAUAUUUGGUUGCCUGGCUUGUACCUAGUCCAAGUGAUGUUAGAUGUUCAUAGAUUUAUUUUGUUGUACCAUGUUUUCUGUCAGUUGUAGAUCAGAAAUUUUAGUUUAAGUUUUAAGAUGUCUAUUUUUCUUGUACUACAAAUCGAUUUUAGAUAAAUAGUAUCAUUGUAUGCUUUUCCUAACUGCAAUUUCAUGUUAGUACGUGCUUGAGUUGUUUGUAGCAAAAGUUAUCUUUUACGUAAAUGGAGCUUUAUUUACAGCUAUUUUUGUAUAGCUGUUAUGAAAGAAAACCAGCCCAAACUUCUUGUCAUGGGUGUCAAUGAGCCACGGUAUGUGGACAGGGUAUUUAUUAAUUGAGACUGUAUUGUAAAAUCAAAUUUAACUAUUUAAUCAGGAACCAUUUUACCAUUGUACUUUUGUGCUUAACAUUUCCCCUCUGAAUAAAUUUUGAUUGUCCCUGUACCAGUGCUGUUUUUGCACCUAUUGCCUUAAAUAAAAAAGUUGUGGUAUUAGGAUACAGUAGAUUUUUCAUAACAAUAUACUAAUUAUUUUCUGAAAUUCUUGAGAAAAUAAAACUGAAUGAAUACAUCAAUAUUGUUAUGGUCGCUUUUUGAAAAUUCCAGUGUUAUAAGCCCAAGAAAAUUGAAGGAUUCUCUGUGGAUGCUUUCUGUGCUAUGUCUACCUAAUUAAGUCUAAUAUCUAAUACUCAUUGAGAAUGUGCAUUGUUAAAGUACAUGCACUCUAUGUAUCUCUGCACUUGUGAUGGGAAAAUGUGAGGCGUCUUGAAACCAAAGACCUCUGCAUGUGUGCAUUUGUGUGAUAAAUGGUUUUUUUUUGUUGUGUUAUGUGUACCAGAAUUAUGAAAACAGACCUUCAUAUUUUCUUGAGAAUUUGUGUUGUAAAAUAUAAUGUGUCUAUGUUGUCAGUGCUAUCCUCAUUAUCAACUUUUUUUGAAACUUCUGAAUAAUAUGGUUCCUAUCAAAACUGUAGACGCAAUAAUUUAUUUUUAUUAUUCAUUGACUACAAAUAAUUCUGUGAUCAAUGAAAUACACACUUCUGUGUGAUCACUUGGGAUGAAAUUUUGUACAGACUAUUACUUUGAUCCACUUAUGUAAUUUUUUAAAGCUUAUUCUAUUGGGACCAAAAUGAGUGUUUUGAUAAAGGUGCUAGUAGGUGAAUAGCAGCACCAAAGUAUUAAUCUUUGUGUUGAAUGUUGUUGAAUACAAAGAAGCAUGCUCUAGUUCCUCUUUUUCCGAGAGUUUUCGUAUGUUUCAAGGUACCUCUGAUUAUCUUUUGAUAACUUUUGUUUCGACAGAAAAAUUUGGUUAUUCUUUCAUAGCUAUGGUUUUCAUUUGAUUGACCUUGCUGCUUUUCCUCUCCUAAGACUGAUAAAAUAUUCUGUGAAUGGUAAUGGUAUGAUGAAAGUCAGUAGAUUAUGUUGGCCUGGGAAAUCAAAAAAAAAUAUUAAAAAAAGGGAAAAAGGAAAAAAAAAAUGAAACGAAAGGGGAGGGGGAGGUAUUUUAUUUGCCUCUUCUUCAAUCAGUUGUUUUACCUACAUCAGCUUUCUUUCUAACUAACAUGGUAUUUGUGUGUGUGGUGCAGGUAUAUACUCCGAGCAUCAUACUUAAAGAAUGUGCUAUUGCAGGCACUUCACCAAUUAAACAAAAUAAAAACGAACUGUGUAAAAUGUUUUUAACAUUUAGCACUGUUUCAUCUGGCUCAAUAAAUCCUAAUAACCUCUCUUA